GGAUAUCUAUGGGCCAGAGUGUUGGAGCUCCUCUUAAAGAUACUUUACAAGUAACAUUACCAACAAUUGAAGGUGGUGCAAGUGUUGAUAAUUCCCCUUGCCCUUCACCCAGACCUUAUCUUAAUCUUACAUCUCCUAUAGUUUCUCCUUAUCCUACCCCAAGUCCUUCUCCACAGAGACAGACUCCAGAAUCAUCAUCUCCUCCAGAACAGCCCAUUUUACUUGAUGAACCAGCUCAAUCACCAACAGCUUCUAGACGAAUUAGUAGUGGUUCAACAUUAAAAUAUGUUGGAAAUAUUGGAUUGCAGUUGGGAGCACCUUGUUUAGGAAUGCCUCUUUUGCCAAUACAAUCCAGAGAGAAAACUAAAUCUCCAGAAACAAUACCACCAGAAAACAGAGAGUUUCCUAUAAUUAAUCCUCUUGCGUCACUUCCUAUGUGGCCUAAUCUAAAUAAAGAUAGUCUCAUUGGAAAAGUGUUGCUUGCUAAUGCAGAUGCUUUAUGUGCAGCAGCUUCUCCUCUUAUGGAUGUUGAAGAAAUGUCUCUAGAAGGAUUUGAAGAAAAAUGUGUUAUGAACAAUUAUUUUGGUAUUGGAUUGGAUGCUAAAAUUACUCUUGAAUUUCAUAACAAAAGAGAAGAACACCCAGAAAAAUGCAGAUCUAGAACUAAAAACUUAAUGUGGUAUGGUGUAUUGGGUGGAAAAGAAUUAUUACAAAAAACUUUCAAAAAUUUGGAACAAAGAGUUCAACUUGAAUGUGAUGGGAGAAGAAUUCCAUUACCUUCUCUUCAAGGAAUAGUUGUACUGAAUAUUGCAAGUUAUGGAGGAGGAUCAAAUUUUUGGGGUGGAACUAAAGAAGAUGAUAUAUUUUAUGCUCCAUCAUUUGAUGAUAAAAUAUUAGAAGUGGUUGCUGUAUUCGGAACUGUUCAAAUGGCAGCUUCUCGUGUAAUUAAUUUGCAACAUCAUCGUAUUGCUCAGUGUCGUUCAGUUAAAAUUACAAUUUUGGGUGAUGAAGGAGUACCAGUACAAGUGGAUGGUGAAGCAUGGGUUCAACCAACAGGAUAUAUAUGCAUUGUCCAUAAAAAUAGAACUCAAGUGCUUUGCAGGAAUAGGCAUUUAGAAUCUACCAUUAAGACUUGGCAAGAAAAACGUACAAUAGUUCCUAGCAGAACAUUGCAACUGAUGCCUAUUUCAGAAGAGGAAAUUUCACUGGUUACUGGAUUUGUAGAAAUGGCUUCCUCUUUAGUUCGAACGGUAAAGGCUGCCUCAAUUUCUUAUCCCUUAAUCGAGCAAGAAUUAUUUAUGUUAGCAUCUCGUGCUUCAUGUUUCAUUGAUGCUCUAUUUCCUGGUGGUCAUUUAACUGAAGGGCCGCAUGUUCGUCAGCAUCUAACAGAACUGGUAGCAAAUGUCCGCCAGCUUUAUCAAGAAACUUCUAAUUUUUUAAGAGAUAAAACAGAUGAAAUUCAAUUACGACCAGAUUUAGAAGAGCGUUUUAACACAGUUUUAAAUCAGGCAGAAUUGGAAUUAAAAAAGUGUAUUGAAUCACAAGGAAUUAUUUAUUUUCAUCAGUCUGAAGAAGAACAAGAACAGAAACGUCAUUAUCGAAGCCUAUUCAGAUUGAAAUUCAAGAAACAAUCAAAAACUUAUAAAGUCGGUUCAUCGGCACAAAGCGGCAAAAGUGGAAUUUCAAAGCAUGGAGGUGGCUUUUGUGAAGGAUCGGGAUGCGGAACGCCAACAGAACAGAGAAUUAAUAUUUUAUCCUCCAUAUCAUCUUGGGGUACGGAAGAAGUUGCAUUAUGGUUGGAAAAUAUCCAAAUGGCAGAAUAUAAAGAGAAUUUUAUAAAGCACGAUAUACGAGGAUCCGAAUUGUUACAUUUGGAAAGACGAGAUCUAAAGGAACUUGGAGUAACAAAAGUGGGACACAUCAAAAGAUUACUUCAGGCUAUUCGAGACAUUACUUCUAAUGGUGGAAAAAGACUUUGCUCGACCUGAACAACCUUCUUAUUUUUUUAUUUUGCGUUCCGCAUGGUGGCACCUAACAUUCCAUGGAUCGUAAUACAAAUAUAAUUGUCACAGACAAUCUACUAUCACAUUAGAAAAUAUUUAAAAUUUUAUAAUUUUUAAAUAACUAUUUUGAAAUUCAAACAUUUUCAUAAUUUAUAGUUUUAACUUUUUUUUUAUAUAUAUAUAUGUGAGUAAUGGGAAUUUUGAAUAUUUAAUUUAAAGAUUUAUUUAUAUCAGCAAUUAUUGUGCCAAUAUAGAUAUAAGUAUAUAUUUAUUUUUAUUCAUUUUGGAAAGAAUACGACUUGUCUCGGUAUAAUAAAAUAAAUCCAAUAACAGUACAACACUGUGACUUAUAUUCCAUUAAAUGUAUCACUUAGUGAUUUUAAGAAUUAUUAGUAAUGUAAAUAAUGUGUUUGUUAACAUCACUACAAACAAAAGGGUCCAAAGAAAUGUAUAAUAAUGUGGAGUUUCAUAAUUUCGGAGAUGCGUGCAUAAGCUCUCUAUGCAAUAUCCAUUAUCGAAAUCUACUUUUAUAAUCUACUCAUUCUUCCCAUUAGUUUAACAGUUCAACAAGGUGCUCACUUUAUACGGUUUCUAAAUAUCUUAUAUUUUAAUUGUAUACAACAUAUAAAAUUUGUAUGCUUCAGGAUGUAUUGAUGUAAAAUUUAAAAUUACUUAAACUGUUUUUCAUCAUAAAAAAAAAAUAUAUAAUAAUUUUAUUUCGGUUUGAAUGUUAGAUGAUAUAUUGUGGAACUUAACAUAAAACUGUAUAAAUAUAACCAAAUAUGUAUAGGAUUUCUUUUUUAAUCUUGAUGUAACAUAUUACUAUGUUUAGGAUUAGAUCUUUUAUAAACUUUACACAAUUCGUUUUUAAGUUAUAACAGUUAAUAGAGUCACAUGAUAAAUGCUUAAAAACUUGACUUAUUUCGAUGCAAUACAAAUGGACGACAAUUAACAAUUUAAUAAAUUAUUGAUAUAAAAUCAUUAAAAAUUCUUUGGGGUGAAUGUCAAAUUGCACGUCUUUGUGUCGUGCUAAUAUUAUUAUAUUAUAUCAAUAAUAAGAUUGCUUUCAGAGCAUUUACAAAUUUACAAUUGCUAAUGCAAGUUUUGUAAAUAUGUAUAAUUAGGUGCUGCAUUUUUCAAAUAGCAUAUUUAUGUAUGAAAAAAUACAAUUUUUAUGCUUAAUUCAAUUUUUGUUUUGAAAAUUGCAAUUGUCUAAGUGAUAGAAUUCGAUGCCUAUUUGUGUGUGUUGAAUGUCAUACGAUUGUCACUUUAGUCACACAAGUUUGUUUUUCACUUGUUAUUAAGACAAUCAUCAUAAAUGUUUUGAUGUUAAAAAAAAUAUAUCAAAUUGUGAUCGAAGUUUGAGUUGUUUAUCCCUCCAUGUAUCAUACAUUCCCCUAUAAAUAUUUACAGUAUGCAAAAUAUUUUCACUGCAGCUAUUUAAAUGUAGAACACGACCUUCUUCCAUAGAUGCAAAUACAAAGUUGAGCGUAUUGCAUCCCAUUCCUUGAGAAUUCUAUCUGUAUGUAAAUAAUUUUUGUCCAUUGGAUGCGAAGUCUGCAUUGUUUUGGUAUGUUUGUACAUCCGACCCAAAGCCGCUCGGAAAAAUUGCAAAUAACCCAUUGCAUAAAAACUCUAAAAAUCUCCGCGAACUCGUGUGUACUGUACAUACGUCGAUAAUUUUAACUUGUUAACAAUAGAUUUUUGUGGUUAUUGUAAUAGAAAUUUUCUAUGAAUUUUAUUCAUUUUCUACAGUCUGAAUAUAAUAUGUUUUGAAAUUUCUAUAUAUUAUUCUUAAUGCCAUCUCUCUAUCUCAGGGCAAAAUGUAAAGAUACUCAAAUGUAAGAAACUUAACGAUCAAGAUUUUAUUUGGAAAUACUCUGUCAAAUUUCAUCCAAAUUCAAACGGAACUCAUCUAUUGUACAUUUAUUUUAAAUUGUUUCCAAUGGUACUGAUAUUAAUUUUUUAAUCUUUAACCAGAAUUCAUAAAAUGAAGAAUAUUCCAAGAGAUUUGGAUAGUAAAUUCAUAUUCUGAAGUAGUCUUAUUACUUUAUAUUUUUUUCAACAUCUUGUACAUUCAAAUUUUAAAAUAAAUCUGUCAAUCCAUUUGUUUAAAUUUGUAAUUUGUGAUA